UUGAAACUCCCGCGAGCGCUUUUCCUUCCGGGUUUACUGUUUGUUCUCUCCUUCCAUCUUUUAGGCUCCUACUCUUUUGUUUUGAUCCGAACAGUUUGGGCCCGCCCUGCCCCUCUUCUCUUGCCCCGCCCUUUUCUCUCUUGCUCGGCCUCUAUGAUGUUAUUCAGGCCACGCCCCAUUUGUCUCCCGGUGCCCGCCCCUUUCCUCAGCGAACCCGCCUGCCGCGCUCGACCAAGAGAGCAGUGCCGGACGGGUGAGCCCUCCUGUUGAGUUGAGGUGCUCGUUAAUAGGGCUCUGCCCCAAUAUGGCAGCGGCAGCAAGUGGCGGUGGCAAAGUCUUGACUGUAUACGUGUUUGACCGGCGCCAGAAGAAUUCAGACGACGAAGAUAAAGUUCUUAAAUGUUGUGAGGAAAACUACGGGGCCUUCCAUAGGGCCGUGUGCCAGGUAUUUGGCAUUUCCUCCGAAGGAAGUUUUAUUAUCACAACAACUAAUAGAACAGAAAUCACAAACAAAAAUUUUGGUGAAAUUGUUAAAGAUGGCAUGACUCUCUACUUACUUCAGUCAGUUGAUCAAACACUCCCCUCAGCAACAAAGGAGCGUAUUGAUUUUCUGCCACAUUAUGACACACUUGUGAAAAGUGGAAUGUAUGAAUACUAUGCUAGCGAAGGACAAAAUCCUCUGCCAUUUGCACUUGCAGAAUUGAUUGAUAACUCUUUAUCAGCUACUUCUGGAAAUACUGGUAUCCGGAGAAUACAGUUAAAGUUGUUAUUUGAUGAUACUCAAGGAAAGCCAGCUGUCGCUGUGAUCGAUAAUGGAAGAGGCAUGACUUCUAAACAACUGAAUAAUUGGGCUGUGUAUCGUUUGUCAAAGUUUACGCGACAAGGUGAUAUGGAAAGUGAUCAUUCAGGAUAUGUACGUCCUCCAGCAGUACCCCGCAGUUUAAACAGUGAUGUAUCAUAUUUUGGGGUUGGCGGUAAACAAGCAGUGUUUUUUGUUGGACAAUCUACCAGAAUGAUAAGCAAACCUGCAGGUUCUCAAGAUGUUCAUGAGCUUGUCCUUUCUAAAGAAGAUUUUGAAAAGAAAGAGAAAAACAAAGAAGCUAUAUACAGGGGAUACAUUAGAAAUAGAAAGCCAUCUGACUUUUCCCACGUUGUUAACGAUGAUGAACGAUUCCUGCAUAAUCUUAUCAUGGAAGAAAAAGACAAAGAAAGUUUUACUGCAGUAGUUAUUACAGGAGUGCAGCCAGAUCAUGUGCAGUACCUGAAGAACAAUUUUCACCUUUGGACGAGGCAACUAACACAUAUAUAUCAUUACUAUAUCCAUGGACCAAAAGGAAAUGAAAUUAAUUUGCUGAUGAAGGAAGCAAGAACUUUCAACAAUAUUGAUAUUGAGAUUUCAAUGUUUGAGAAAGGGAAGACACCUAAGAUUGUGAAUCUUAGAGAAAUUAAAGAUGAUAUGCAGACUUUAUAUGUAAAUACUGCAGCAGAUAGCUUUGAGUUCAAGGCUCAUGUUGAAGGAGAAGGUGUAGUGGAAGGCAUUAUACGUUAUCAUCCUUUCUUGUAUGAUAAAGAAACCUACCCUGAUGAUCCUUGCUUUCCUUCAAGAUUAAAAGAUGACGACGAUGAAGAAUGCUAUAUAAUAGAAAAGGGAGCGAGAGGGAAAAGGCCUAUUUUUGAAUGUUUUUGGAAUGGAAGGCUGAUACCAUACACAACUGUGGAAGAUUUUGAAUGGUGUGCUCUUCCCAAGAAGAGAGGGCUUGCCCCGAUUGAAUGUUACAACAGAAUUUCCGGUGCAUUAUUUACAAAUGACAAAUUUCAGGUCAGCACAAACAAGCUGACUUUCAUGGAUUUGGAAUUAAAGUUAAAAGACAAAAACACACUUUUUACAAGAAUCGUCAAUGGACAGGAGCAAAGAAUGAAAAUUGAUAGAGAAUUUGCAAUGUGGCUCAAGGACUGCCAUGAAAAAUAUGACAAACAGAUAAAAUUCACGCUCUUCAAAGGAAUAAUUACACGCACUGAGCUGACCUCUAAACGUAUGCAGAGUCCCUGGGCUAUAUAUUCGGCAAUAGAGUGGGAUGGAAAGAUAUAUAGAACUGAGCAGCUGGUAAAAACAAUUAAAACACAUCCAGUACUCCAUGGCAGCAUCAGAAAUUUUUUUCUGUAUGGAGAUCAUGAUGGUGAUGUGUAUGCUACUGGAGGAGAAGUUCAGAUAGCUUUGGAACCCCAAGAACUGUAUGAUGAAACAAAGGUUAUUCCAAUAAGCAAACUUGAUCGUUCAGUGUCCGACAAAGCAGUGAAGAAAUACAUUGAAGAGGAAAUGUCCAAGCUUCCUGAUAGAUUAUCAGUAACGUGGCCUGAAGGAGAUGAAUUAUUACCAAAUGAAACUAAGCUUGCAGGAGCUACCAUAGGUGCACUAAGAAUUGAAAUAUUGAAUAAAAAAGGAGAGGCUAUGCAAAAGCUUCCAGGGUCAAGUCAUGGAGGAUUGAAGAAAUUGCUUGUGGAACUUAAGGUUAUUUUGCAUUCCCCUAGUGGAAAUAAGGAAAUCAUUUCUCAUAUCAGUCAGCAUGGGGGUAAAUGGCCUUACUGGUUCAAAAAAAUGGAAAAUAUUAAUAAACUUGGAACCUACAUGUUGAAACUGCAAGUGGUGUUGAAUGAAAGCAAUGCAGACACUUAUGCAGGAAGACCUCUUCCAUCAAAAACAUUUAAAUUUUAUAUAAUAGAGGGCAAGCCUCAGAAGUUUUCAAUAGGUCUUUUGGAUCCUCCAUUUCGAAUUGGGCAUCCAUUCAAUAUUCCUCUAGAUGUCCAGGAUGAAUUUGGUCAUGCUACUCAUCUGACGGAUGAUAUUGUUCCAAUUCUUGAGGCUGGUGGUUUAACAAUACAGUAUGAAGAAAUAGAUAAAGGACCAAAUUGUGUCAUUAAGGGUAUAAUUGCUAAAGGUCUUGUGAAUACUUACCAGGGCAAGAACUUCAAUCUGAAGGUUACUCUUCCUGGUCUAAAGGAGGAAUCCCAGGUUUUGAAAAUUAAACUUCUACCAGGCCCCCCAUGGCAGCUAAAUGUCAAACCAGAUUCUGACAUAUUGAAAAUUGAAAAUGGAACAGCAUUUCCUUUCCAGGUUGAAGUGCUGGAUGAAGUAGGCAACAUAACAGCACAACCAAAACUAAUUGUUCAUUGUAAGUUUUCAGGAGCUCCAGAUCUUCCUGUAUAUGCUGUGGAUUGCAGCAGUGCAGGAACAAAUAUCUUAACUGGACCAGUUCUUCAGGUACAGAAUGUAAAGAAAGAUCUGACACUUAAAGCAAGGAUUGAAAUACCUAGUUGUAAAAGUGUCCCACCGCUGGAGAAGACUCUUAAACUGCUACCCAGUAGCCGUGUUGCAAGAUUACAGAUUUUUAGUGUUGGGGGAGAAAAAGCUAUUCAGAUCAAACACCAGGAUGAAAUUAACUGGAUUGCAGGUGACGUGAUGCAGAAUCUCAUCUUCCAAAUGUAUGAUGAGGGAGAAAGAGAGAUAAUAAUAAUUCCAGCUUUGGUUGAAAAAAUUAAGGUAAAUUGGACCCCAAAGAUUAAUAGAGAACAGUUGGUUAAUGGAUUGUUACCUGAUGUGAAAGUACCAACAUCUGUGAAAGAUGUGCGCUAUUGUCUAGUUACAUACCAUGAUGAACAUGUAGCUUUGGAAAGUGCAUUUACAAUAAGACCACUUGCUGAUGAGCCAAAACAUAUAAAAUGCAAAUUAAAAGGAUCAAAUACAUUACAAAUGGGUGAAAAACUACAAGAAGAAAUUGAGGUAAUGAUUACCGAUCAGCAUGGGAAUCAAAUUCAAAAUUUGACGUCAUCUUGUGUGGCUUCCUUGGGAAUUUCUGGGAAUGGUCUGGAUAAAUCAGAUUUGAGAACUCUUUGGCAGGUAGAUACCCAAACUUUUUGUGUCAGAGGCAUCAGGUUUAAACCGGGUCCUCCUGGAACCAGAGAACUGUGUUUUGCUUGGCGUGAAUUUUCUCAUUUCUUGAGACUAAAUUUGAUUGCAGGACCUCCAGCUAAACUGGUGCUUGUGGAUUGGACAGAGUUAGAGGAACCUCUGUCAGUGAUUAAUGGCAAAGAGCUACAGAAACCACUUACAGUUCAGCUCUGUGAUCAGUGGAAUAACCCAUCUCCUGAACCUAAUGUCAAAAUCAGCCUUUUAAAGGCUAGCAACAUAAAGAUUAUUCCUUCAAAUCAGCUGCAUAAAACAGAUGAAAAUGGUAGAGCAAAUUUUGGAGUUCUUAGUAUUUAUGCACCUAGGGGAGAGCAUACAUUGCAAUUUAAAGCCUUGUACAACAAGAACACACUAAACAGUCCAGUAGUCAAAUUAAAUUUUCUUCCUGACCCUGAGAAGCCUAUACGUUUGAAUGUCAAGUAUGACACGAAUGCUACCUUUGCAGCUGGAAGCUGCUUUCCUGAUUUCAUGAUUAGUGUUAUUUCUGAAGAUGAUAGCAUUAUUAAAAAUAUAAACCCAGGAAGAAUUUGUAUGAAAAUGUGGGAAGGGCAAAUUAGUGGAACUGUACCACAAAAUGUUACAACAUUUGGCUGUACCAAAGCAAAAGAUGACGAGGAGGGCUUUUUUUACUUCAGGGAUGAAAUGGUCCCAGAGAAAGUUGGCACCUACAGCAUCCAGUUUGCAUUUGCCAUUGACAAAAUAAAUGUUCUUAACAGCGAACAGAUUGUUAUUGAAGUGGUGCCUAAUGAACCAACACAAUUGAUCCCAAGAAUUUCACCAAAUACUCCUGCAGUUUCUAACGAUCGGGCUAUUGGCAGUCGGACCCUUGUCAAGGACUUGUCUCUCGUUAUAACGGAUGAAUAUCAAAACUGUACUGGAAAUGAUUUGGAUGGAAAAAUCAUAACUAAAAUUAAAAGUUCAAUUGAUCGAGAUAAAGAUAUCCCACUGUUUCAGGGUAAAACAAGUACAGUUGAGUUUCCAUUUCACAGAGGAAUUGUUGAAAUUGAGGAUCUUGUGCUGGCAGAAAAUAGUCCAGGAAGAGAUAGUACUGAAUAUAUUCUUGUAUUUGAGCCAGUCAUACCAACUUUGAAAAGAUGUUUGGAACCUUAUUGUCUGUCUUUUAUGUUUUACAAUGGUUAUAAGAGACAACAGAAGAUGGCAACUCUUACAAAAGAGAGAGACCGCCUCUCUCAGUCAAUAACUGCAUACAGAAAUUUGUUUGACACUAAUAAUCAACUUCUAGCUGAAAUAAAGUGUAAGUCAUGUCAAGCUCAGCAAGAUGAAAUAAAAGAAUGCCAACUGAAGAAUGAACUAAAAAGACUUCAGAUUGAUGUACCUCAGAAUAACGCUCUGCAGUAUGUUGAUUCUCUAAUAAAACAGAAGAUGUCUGAGUUGGAAGGAAUAAUGAAACAACCUAGAAGAACAUGCACGCUCACAAAUUAUCCCAAAGUCAAUCAAGAUGUUUUGGGCAAAAUUUCACACUUAGCACAGAUUGAAGAUAAUGAGGCAGCAAAGGUAAUCUCUUGGCAUUUGGCAAGUGACAUGGACUGUGUAGUCACUCUGACAACUGCUGCUGCUCGUCGUAUCUUUGAUGAAACCCAAGGUCGGCAGCAGGUAUUGCCUCUUGAUUCUGUUUAUAAGAAGAAUCUUCCAGACUGGAGUAGACCUUUACCUCACUCACAAAAUGGAAGAAAUUGUUUCAAGCCUGUUGGAAAUCCUGUAUUUGCCAGGAACUUGCUAACAUUUGCAGAACACACGGAGAAUUGUCAGACAGUGUUUGGGAUGAUCUUAGGAGAUACCAUUAUUAUUGACAAUUUGGAUGCUGCCAAUCAUUACAGAAAAGAGAUUGUUAAAAUCACUCAUUGCCCAACAUUACUGACGAGAGAAGGAGACAGAGUUCGCAGCAAUGGAAAGUUUGGAGGCCUUCAAAAUAAAGCCCCUCCCAUGGAUAAGCUUCGAGGAAUGGUUUUUGGAGCACCUCUGCCACAACGUUGCAAUGUUCUUUCUGAACAGAUAGAUCUCCUUCAACAGUAUCAUAAAGCAGUUGUCAGACUUAAUAAAGUGAAUACAGAGCUUAAAAUGCAAGAGCAAUCAUUUAAUACUCCAGAAAUGCAAAAAAAGAAAGAAGAGCUUGCUGCCCAAGAAAAUAAUCUCAAAUUAAUAGAACGGGAAUUAGGUAUGACCUCAUCUGGUCAAUGCUCCAAAUCAUCAGUUCACUCUCAAGAACUUGAUCAGUUUGACAGUCCAACCCCUCCGAAAAGAAUGCGGAGAGAAAUAGCAAAACGAUCAUUCAGAUAUCUCACUUCGGUCUCAUCACGAAUGAACUGGAGUGGGAGGGACACAUGUAGCCCAGGUCUUGACUUCAGUACAUUCCUGCCUGGCGCUAUAACUCAAGUGAUGUCAUGCUACCUGCAAAAACCACCUUUCAGUUCAGAAGAAUGGAUGUCAUCUCCUCCUAUGAAGAAACAGCAGCAAAUAGCAACUGCUACAUCAGAAGUUAAUGGAACAUCUCGAAAAAAGAAAACAGAUUAUUCAGAUGGUUAAAAAGUAACUGUAUAUUGAAAUAUGUAUAAGCUGAAAAAAUUAAAUUCAUGUUAACUGCCAUUAAUACUUGUAUACUGAUAGAGAAAUGUUGUUAGCAACAGCAGCUUAAUUUUGUAUAGAUUUUUUCUAUUGUCUUUCA